AAUACCAAAGUUGACAACACUGUUGCUGAGUGUGUAUGUUUAGCAGAGCGAAAGAUAGAGAGUGCUGAAAUUUGCUUUUAGGUUUUUAAAGUGUUUAAAUAUAAAAAUAAUGGCAAGUCAAGAACAAUCACCAAAAGGGAGAGACAUUCCUGCUAUUAGAAGAGUAGUUUUAAAUGAUGUUUCACAAUUACCCUCUGAUUACAGUUCAACUCCUGGUGGAACACUAUUUUCUACUACACCUGGUGGUACCAGAAUUGUUUAUGAUCGCUCCCGUCUUAUGCAGCUACGAAACUCGCCAUUGGCAAGAAGCCCUCCAGCCAAUAUGGCUAAAAUUCCAGGUAUUACUGACUUCAAUGCAGACGCACUGUCUCCCAAGUUGAAAGAUAAAGAAAAUGGAUUAACUGAGGAAAAAGAUCACUUAAAAGAAGAUGGCAAGUAUGGUCAUGAUGAACACCCACAAUUUGAGAUGGAUAUUUAAAAUAAAAAAAAGUUCCACUUUGGCAGGCCAAGUGUCUUUCGGUCAAUAGCUGUGUUCUUUUUUUUUUUUUUUUUUUUUUCGUCCAAAACAAAUCAAUCAAAGAGCUCCAGUUGCAGCAAUCUAUCUGAUUAGCCCUGUGUGCAUCCAGGAUGAGUGAUGGUUGCUAGACUUAGUGUUCUGUUGUCCAAUACAAGAGAAAGGAGUACAGUGUAUAUGUAAGCUUUUGCCCAAAUAACUAAAGUAAUAGUACUUGCUCCAAGUUUUAAAAUUGUCAUUAAUUAGUUUGUUAAUUGUAUUUUUUUUAAUGUAAGAAAAUAUGUUUUAUUAAUGGAUUUUAUACACUUUAAAAUGAGUAUGUUUCUUUAAAGUAUUAGUUAAAUAAAGCCAGUUUUUUUAUUAUGUACAUAUUAAAUUUCAACUAAAAAAAAGCAUUUUUAUUUUACAAUUUUACUGACUUUAUUGUACAUUACAGAUUUUAUUAUAUUUUUAUUUCCAAAUUUUUAUUAUAUUUUUAUUACUCAAAAGAAUAUUAACAUACACUGCUUCCAUGUAAAAUGUUAAAUCUUAUAUAAACCAAACCUCUUGCCUAAUAAGAAAAAUACAGAAUGACAGCUAUUAGAUUUUUAUCUUAAAAUAUUUAAUGUUUUGGUCUGUUUGGAGCAGAUAGGGUUUAGAUAAUAGUAGCUUGUGGAUUGACAAUAGAAAAACUGACAAGUGUAAAUGUUGCUAUGAAAAUAUUAUAUCUUGAGUUGGCCUACUGUAUACUGUGUAUGGAGCUAUUUAAAUUUUUUUUCAGUAGUACAUAGUAAUAGAAAGAAAAAAAAAAUUACCUUAAAAAAUUACCGGUACUCUUUCUGCUUUUAAUAAACAUAUUCAGUAUCUGAAUGUUUGUUGUGGAACUAAGUUUUUUGUUGACAUCACAUGUUUUCAUUUCUAGUUGGCCAGCUGCAUUUUAGGGAAUGGAAUUUUUUUUCUUAUUUGCUUUAAAAAAAAACAAAAAAAAAAGGAAUCAUAUCAUAUAUUUUAUGAAAAUCUCAUUUCGUAUUAGUUCGAGCUGUUCAUGUCAUGUUAUAGAGUUAGGCAGCUGUUCAUAAAGAGAUAUGCUGUUUGUAUGAUAACGAUUGUGUUGUGUCCAUUUUAAAGUACGAAUGAGGCACCACAGUCUGGGGAGAGCAUUUGGGUUAUGCGAUUCGGCAUUAUUGAAUAUUUUCUUACACUUUGAUUGGUUUUUGGGUACAUGUGUGUAUUAGUUAAAUAUUUUGAUUUUUUUUUUUCAGUCAGGUUCCAUGUUUUUGUAUGUUGGCCUAUCAAGCUAUUCUUUUAGUGUUAAAAGUACCUUUGUGUUUUCUGCUGAGCUGUCACUAUGAUUUGAAACUCCUGUCUUUAUGUUCAUUAUCCAAUUAUAUAUAUUUUUUUUUUCUUGUUGAUUUGACAUUGUUCUGUACUAACCAAAGUUACAAGCAUAAUUAAUUUUUUUUUGUACACAAGUGCUGCAUCUUCUGAUUUCUGUCUUAGGUUAAAGGUUACAGACAUUUGAUUGUCAAGGCUGUAAAAUGGCUGGCUACAUGAAGCAAUGUCUUACAGCUUAGAAAACCACGUGGUUGUCCUAUUGUUAACUUGUGAUGUAAAUCUUAAUGCGCUUGAUAAAUAUUUUUUUUUAAUACUUGUUUUUUGUUUUUAAAAGUAUCAUGUUCAUUAUCUUAAAAGAAACAUUUUACACGUUUCAUAAGAUUUUUGUUUGUUUUCGUGCUAAACUAUGCAUAGCCAACUUGGCAUGUUGAAGUAUUACAUUUCGACCCAUUUCUUUGCUUUUCUUUUAUUUGUAAUUUCCUCCAAAUUGUACAUAUUUUUUGAGUUGUUUAGUGUAAUCAUGUGGAAGGUGGAGCCAUCACAAGGCAUUCACUUUUACACUUCAAGUAUUUCAGGUUUAAAGCUCCCAUGCUGACUUGGUCAUUAAUACAAGUCAAGUCCCACAGGCUCUUUGUGUGAUAAUAAGGUCCAAAGUCGUCAUUAAAUAAAUAGAAGCAA